AUGGCACCCAACUGUGUUAAUCUCUCUAAUCCUUACCAUCAAUGCACACAAGCUUGCUCCCAAGGCACCAACCGAACCAAGACCACACACACAAAAAAGAAGAUUAAUUCAGGUUAUCGUCGAAGUGUGACAGAUGGUGAGCUUGGCAAAAAGGUAACCAACCAAAAACGAACUUACGCAGGUUGUCCCAAAGCAUCUAAUCCUUACCAUGAGUGUGAUGACACUUGUUACAGAAGAUUAUCUGAUUCAGGUGCCCCUCCUCCGUUAAAGUUAGACAGAAAAAAGAAGCCAGGUUCUAAACCAGAACCCCCUGUUCUUGACAGUGUUCCUGCCUCUAAGGUUGGAGCAAUUUACCCAUCUGAUGCUUCAUCACCAACUUCACAGCAUUCUGAGAAGAAAAAGGUUGAGACAGAGAAAAAUGAGGACGUUCCCUCUGAGCCAAUUUCUGCAGAGAAACAUAUCCCAGCCGUGAAGCCUUUCAAUGUCCAAGACCAACAACCAAGGGAUCAUGGUAAUGAGCACCUUGCCAACUCAAUGCCAAUAAUUCACGGGGACAAAAUUGCUUCUCAUGAAGUUGUUUCAACAACCCAUCAUCCUGAUGACACUGCUGCUGGAUCCGUUGGUUCUAGUUUCUCUGGCAUUUCGCGUGGAAACGAAGAAAAUGAUGAAGGUGAGACCGAGUCCGUGACUUCAGAAACCCGUCUCAAAGUUGGCAGAUAUCAAGUAAAAGAAAGUUUUGUUUCCAUUCUGCAAUCUAUCCUUGACAAGUACGGGGACAUAGGAGCAAGCUGUCGCUUGGAAUCAGUUGCGAUGCGCUCAUAUUACAUUGAGUGUGUAUGCUUUGUGGUGCAAGAGUUACACUCCACCUCAUUAAUGCAAUUAAGCCGGUCCAAAGUCAAAGAAUUGUUGGCCAUUCUUAAGGAUGCAGAAGCUGCUCAACUUCAUGUUGCAUGGUUACGUGGCGCCCUCGAAGAACUAGCUGAGGAUAUUGAACUCAUUAAUCAGCACCAGGAGGUUGAGGCAGAAAAGACUAACUCUGGUCGCGAAGUGGAGACAUUGAGGGAAGAGCUACAACAAGAGUUGGAAACUUUGGCUCAGAAAGAACAAGAGGUUGCUGACAUCAAAGCACGAAUUCCUGAGAUCAGAGGUCGUUUGAGCGAGCUCGAACUCAAAUCAGAAGAACUGAAUAAAAGCAUGCUAUCUAUCAAGUCCAAUGUUGAUAAUUUGCCUAUCAAAUCCUUGGUAGAUGAACUACUAUAA